AGGGGCGGGGCCGGAAGUAGCGGGCGGCUCAGGCAGUGACGGUUUUAAAUCCCCCUGGCCCGGCCGGCUCCUUUCCCCGGCCAGUGAUGGACGCGCGGGCGCGGGCUAAGCGCUAUGAGAAGCUCGACUUCCUGGGCGAGGGGCAGUUGCACUAGAUACCAGUUUCUUGAGGCACAUCUUCUUCAAUUUAUGCUAUGACGGAGAGGUGGAGCCCUGGGCUAGCCUAUGCAACAGAGAGGUGCUGCACAAAGUGAGGAUGGUGGCAGUUUAAGUUUGCCACUGUUUAUAAAGCAAGGGAUAAGAACACCAAUCAAAUUGUUGCUAUUAAAAAGAUUAAACUUGGACAUAGAUCAGAAGCUAAAGAUGCCACCCUCAGCACUGGGAGUGUGUGCCCAUCCAGGACUUGACUUUGUUAUACUGACAUCGCCAAACCAUGCAUUUCAUCUUUCUAGCCAUAGGUGGGCACUCUACAGGUCAAUCUAUCUCUUCACAAAGAAUAUUGAAAUGGAUAACACAAUAUGUCUUGCUGUGUUACUUGCUGGCUGAUGUAUCUCUUCCAUUAAACAUCAUGACUUGCUCCACCAGAGCACAAGCAAUAUCCUCCACUUGCUUUAGGAAUGUUCCAAAACUGCUGCCUUACAGAUUUCUAAUGUUGAGUAACCCACUGACCUUUGUCAAACACUACCCCUUGGAAUUAGCCACCAGGUCAGCUGCCAAGCUUGGGAGAGCAGUAUUUCAAUCACUGUUUUACUGAUAUAGCUGCAACUUAUUCCCACCAUCCUGAAGACAAUACUACUUGACCAUCACCUACGGUGGGAUCUACACGAACAUGUACUUGAAGGAAGAACUAUUACAUACACUACAAUAACUCUAGUUCUUUUGAUACCUUGUUGGUGUGGAUCGCACAUACCACUCUUCAUCCCUCUCUCACAUGGGAACAUGAGGAGGCAGAGUGCAUAUGCUGCCCCGAUGGACAUAGCUAUUCAAAAGAAUCUCCUCUCUUGUGGAUGAUGCACGUGUACAGCCACAGUGGGAUCCACACUUACUGCUGGGAAUCAACAGAACAGCCCUGAGGGAGAUAAAAUUGUUACAGGAGCUAAGCCAUCCAAAUAUCAUUGGUCUUCUUGAUGCAUUUGGACACAAAUCCAAUAUUAGUCUGGUCUUUGAUUUUAUGGAAACAGAUCUAGAGGUUAUAAUCAAGGAUAGUAGUCUUGUGCUGACACAAUCUCACAUCAAAGCAUAUAUGUUGAUGACACUUCAAGGAUUGGAAUAUUUACAUCGGCACUGGAUUCUGCACAGGGAUCUCAAACCAAACAAUCUGUUACUAGAUGAAAAUGGGGUUCUAAAAUUGGCUGACUUUGGCUUGGCAAAAUCUUUUGGAAGUCCAAAUAGAGUCUAUACACACCAGGUAGUAACAAGAUGGUAUCGAGCACCUGAGCUACUGUUUGGUGCUAGAAUGUAUGGUGUAGGUGUAGAUAUGUGGGCUGUUGGCUGUAUCUUAGCAGAACUGCUUCUUAGGGUUCCUUUUUUGCCAGGAGACUCUGAUCUUGAUCAGCUGACAAAAAUAUUUGAAACGCUAGGGACUCCAACAGAAGAACAGUGGCCUGGCAUGUCUAGUCUUCCAGAUUAUGUAACAUUUAAGAGUUUUCCUGGAAUGCCACUUCAGCAUAUCUUCAGUGCAGCUGGUGAUGACUUGCUAGAUCUUCUCCAAGGUCUAUUCAUAUUUAAUCCUUGUACUAGGGUCACAGCUACACAGGCAUUGAAACAGAAGUAUUUUAGUAAUCGACCAGGACCAACACCAGGAAGUCAAUUGCCAAGACCAAACUGUCCUGCAGAAGCCUUAAAAGAACAACAAAAUUCACUUUUAAAUUUAAAAAGAAAGAGAACAGAAGGAAUAGAUCAAGGAUUACCAAAAAAGUUGAUUUUUUGAUUACCAUGGAUGAUGAUGAUGAUUAAAUGGCCUGAAAGACUAAGAUAAUGGGAAAAUGCUGCAACAUUAGCUGAACUUUGAUGAAAAGUGAAUUUGUAAUAUAUUUACAUGUGUAAAAUGUGAAACUUAAUAUUUCAAUGCUGAAACCACGUGGAGUGUUUUAUUAAACCUAUUCCUUUUUGAAUAAAUAUAUUUUUUAAAAAGAUCAAAA